AUGUGCGCCUUGAGCUGAUCCUCGGGGGUAAUCUAGUAUGCUAUUUUCUAAUUGGUGUUUUGCUGACGGAACAGUCCAAGAUUGAGUUCCGUGUGGAACAGGUUAGCGUGCUGGGAUUAAAUGAUCUUAGUAAAUAUCACCGCGCAACCUCACCUCUCAACCUUCUGUGGCCUUCUAUCCUCCCUCCCAUCGUUCUACGAGUGGUUCUCGCCCUAGUAGACCACAACUUGGCGAUUUUGAAGGUCGCUUGUAACUUGCGAUCACAUUUCAAUUAGAUUUGGUUCACCUAAACAUCGCUGGGAGUAUCUUUCACUCGCAAUUGUCCGCACCAUCUCUCAUCAUGGCUCCUGAGCUAGAUAGCAGCGUCAACCCACCACCAGCCCCAGAAGCUAGUAAUACAUCUGGAGCUGGCACGGACACGAAGGCGACCAAUGCUGCCACCAAGCAAACCAACGAUGAUAUCACUCCGACAAAGCCUGUGGACGCUGUUGAUCAGUCCGAGGAGAAGGAGUCUCCGGAAGCGACUGAAUCCUCUAAGGAACACAAGCCUGCUGAGGAAGCCAAGUCUGGUGGGCAUGCUUCUAUCUUGCCAGAUGGUGGACCAAAAGAGUCAACUACGGAGAAUGGCAUCGCGCAACCUAGUGCAGGCGAUAAACGAGAGCAUGAACCGACCUCUACGCCCACCAACGCAGCGAAGUCUAAUGUCGAGAACUUGACAGAACCUGCAAACAAAAAGCAGAGGACUACUGGAACGCGGACUCGGAAUGGCAAUACUACAGCCCCUGCUACGAAUGGGGAAAGGUCAAAGGCAAGCCGUUCUAAAAAGGCGAAGGAUGAUGUGAAGAAGGUAAUUCCUCCGGAUGGUGUUGGUAGUCGAACACGCAGCCGGACUAAGGCAUCCUCCUAAGCUCCGGCGGUAACGCUGCGAACAUAUGCAUCUUGCAAAGAU